UUCGAUGCCAAGCUGAUGCUGGAGAAGCUACGGAACCGUCGGCUGGUCUUUGCCGGCGACUCCAUUGGGAGAAACCAGUGGGAGUCUCUCCUCUGCAUGCUGUCUUCAGCCGCCUCUGCGAACGACGACUCCGUGUACGAAGUCAACGGGAAGCCCAUCACCAAGCACAAGGGGUUCCUGAUAUUCCGGUUCAGGGACUACAACUGCACCGUGGAGUACUACCGAGCCCCCCACCUGGUGUUGCGAAGCCGGCCACCCCCUGACGCGCCGUCGCCUGUUAAGAGCGUGCUCAGAUUGGACGUCAUGGACCGGAAGUCCGCCGGGUGGAGGGAUGCCGACGUGCUGGUCGUCAACACCGGCCACUGGUGGAGCCAUGAGAAGACCAUCGGAAGUGGAUGCUAUUUCGAGGAAGGGGGGAAGGUGGAGCUGCAGAUGAGCGUGGAAAGCGCUUAUGAGAGAUCGAUGAAGACAUUUUUAGAUUGGAUUGACAAGGAGAUCAACACAAGCAGGACUCAGGUCGUCUUCCGUACUUAUUCCCCUGCACAUUCCAGUAAAGGUGAUGGGAAGAGCGGAGGAAAAUGUCAUUCGGAGACAGUCCCAGAUUUCAGAUCCUCAUAUUCCUUAUCAAAAUCAUGGAGCCAUUUCCUGAACCCAUUCACAGAACAACGCAUGCAGAAUUCAACUCGAUCUGCAUUGAAAGAAAUAGAUGUGUUGAACGUGACCGAGAUGACAGCCCAGAGAAAAGAUGGGCAUCAGUCACUGUAUCAUGUUGGUCCUCUGAGCGAUGCAAGGCUUCAUAAGGAGGAUUGCAGCCAUUGGUGCUUGCCUGGGGUUCCUGACGCAUGGAACGAACUCCUCUAUGCUCUUUUCCUCAGAAGAGACUUCAAAGCUCGAGUAAGGCCAUGAUGGAUCGUCAGAAGUGGAGUUAUAUCAUUUUAAAUGAUCUACAGCAUGGCCUUCACGAUU